AUGGUGAAAUAUGUCGAAGGGUCUUUUAAUGAUGACUAUAUUCAGACAUUAGGAGUUAACUUCAUGGACAAGAAGAUACAAAUUAAAAACACAACAAUAACGUUUUCGAUAUGGGAUCUUGGUGGGCAAAAGGAGUUUACAAAUAUGUUACCAAUUGUGUCGAAUGACGCGGUUGCCAUCUUAUUCAUGUUUGACCUCACAAGGAAAUCCACUUUGAAUUCAAUAAAAGAAUGGUACAGACAAGUCAGGGGAUUUAAUAAAACUGCCAUACCAUUUCUAGUGGGAACCAAAUAUGAUCAAUUCAUAGAUUUAUCAUUCCAAGAUCAAAUUGAAAUUACACAACAAGCCAAGAAGUUUGGAACAGCAAUGAAAGCGCCAGUUAUAUUUUGUUCCACUAGCCACUCGAUCAAUGUCCAGAAGAUAUUUAAGAUAAUAUUAUCCAAAGCUUUUGACUUGAAGUUGAAGCUAGAUCAGAUAGAGAAUGUUGGUGAACCAAUAUUGAUUUACAAAUAA